GGCAAGCAGCCGAACCGCUCACACGGUACGAAAACGACCGCGAGUGCCCGGCACAGGCCGAGCUGUGCCCGCCGCGCCACCAUGCACACGGACUGAGACAGACGACGCGUCGCCUUACCAUGUCGCCGUGCCUGCUUCUUGUCCUGCUGUGCGCAGCAACUGUGGCGACUGUCUCAGGAUUGAAGUGCUACAAAUGCACUAUACGUCCACCGAGUCAAUACAGCAAUGAGACUGAGCGUUUGUGUUCUGGAUUUGAUGGGUCAGAGAAAUAUCAGGUUGAUUGCCCACACUCAACAUUCUGCAUGAAGAAGAUCUUUGAGCUAUCAUUACAAAAGGGUCAUACUGUACAUGUGGAACUGAAGGACUGUGCUGCUCAACGCUACAUAUACCAAACUCUGCUGGAAGAUCAGUGGGUUACACAAGAUGUUGUGAUUGAUGCGGCCUAUGAAGAAGGCUGCCAUGAUGCCGAAAGUGAGGGCCUUCGAACUGCAGCAACCACCUACUGCUACUGUAGGGGGAACCUUUGCAAUUCGGCAAAGCCUACACAUGAACCAUCACAUCACCACACAGAUGCUAUGGCAGUCAUAUUUGUUUUCAAUGCAAUGAAAUAUAUCCGCAGCCUCCGGUAGCAAAGUCUACAUAUAUCAAUGAACUAAUGUUUUCAGCACUUGGCCUGGUAAUGGUUCAGCAUGUGAGGAUCACAGGAUCUACUGUUGUCGGAAGUUCAGUGCUUUUCUAAAUAGAAGUAAUGGAAUGGCAUGGCUAAAUCAUGUUUCACUGAAAGUAUUUCCUUUUCUUCAUGUCCAUAAGAUUUUAAGACUUGAUAAUUAGUAAGAAAAAAAGACACAUGAAGUGCCUUUAUCAUUUAACUGUUGUAUUUAAGUUCCACAGUAUUUUACAAAUCAACAGCUUUCAUCAGCUGAUCAUUCACAUGCAAUUAAAACAAAACAUAGCAGAAGUGACUGGCAUAUGCAAGUAUCAUUGACAUCACCAUCAGUAUUCAAAAUUACAACAUUCAUAAUAGCUUUUUGCCUUGUUGCUAGCUGAUAUUUUAUGCAGUUUAUAGAUAACAGUUACCAUAAACCAUGCCAUCCGAGACCAACAAACAACCCAUGCACAUGGCCAAAAAAAAUAAUUUAUUGAAAGACUACAGUAUUUAACAAAUAAAUUUCUAUGCAUUGGGAAAAUACAGCUGUUUAGCACACGUUCCUCUAUCAUGCACCUCGCAAUUUGUAUCGCAAAAACCACUGAAGUGUUAUUACAUGGUACACCAAAUAAAAGUAGCCAUAAUGAAUAUUUUUGUGAAAAACUAGUCACAUUAACUAUGAAAAUGAGGAGCUGCAUAUCUGUCUCUCUGAAUAAUGGACUAGAUACUGGUAAAAAAAAGAACACUGAUGGAACUACAUCUUUUACUGAUGUAAGAAAUGAUUUUUUAAAAAUUGUACAAAUAUUUAUUUUAAUAAAGUAUGCUUUAAUGUUA